CGCGUGUCGAGACGAUCAUGCAGAACGUGCGAAACGUGAAGCUGCCGGACCCGAGGCUCAUCUCGGGGAUCGUGCAGACCGCCGUGUUCGGCGGCGCGGGCGCGUACGGCCUCUACCACUCCCUCUUCAACGUCGAGGGCGGCCACCGCGCCAUCGUGUACAACCGAUUCGUCGGCAUCCGCGAGAAGAUCUUCACCGAGGGCACGCAUCCCAUGAUCCCGUGGAUCGAGCGCCCCAUCACCUACGACGUUCGCGCGCGCGCGCACCAGAUCUCGUCCCACUCGGGCUCGCGCGACCUCCAGAUGGUGAACAUCACCCUCCGCGUCCUCACGCGCCCGGACGCGUCGAAGCUGCCCACCAUCUACCGCAACCUCGGCACCGACUUCAACGAGCGCGUCCUCCCGUCCAUCGUCCACGAGACCCUCAAGUCCGUCGUGGCGCAGUACAACGCCUCGCAGCUCAUCACCCAGCGCGAGCAGGUGUCCCUCGCCGUGCGUUCGCAGCUCAUCCAACGCGCGGCGGGCUUUAACAUGCUCCUCGACGACGUGUCCAUCACGGCGCUCACCUUCGGGCGCGAGUACACGGCGGCCAUCGAGGCCAAGCAGGUGGCGCAGCAGGAGGCGGAGCGGGCCAAGUUCAUCGUGGAGAAGGCCAAGCAGGAUAAGCGAUCGGCGGUCAUCAGGGCGGAGGGUGAGGCCAAGUCGGCGAAGCUCAUCGGCGAGGCCAUCGCGUCCAACCCGGCUUUCAUCACCCUGCGAAGGAUCGAGGCGGCGAGGGACAUCGCGCAGACGAUGAGCGAGAGCAACAACAGGGUGAUGCUCAACGCGGACUCGCUCCUCCUCAACCUCGCGGACAUGGAGAAGAAGGCGAAGUGAGCGGGCGACGUAAGUGGGCGGGGAAUGGGCGUCGAAAACUAUAGAAAUUAUUAGGAGUAAAAACCUCGAGAGAGAGAGAGCUCGCGCAUUC